GUUGGAGCUACGAGCCAAAAACUGCAAAGGACUAUUACUAAUUUACAAAAAAAAAACCCCAAAAGGAUACCCUCUUAAAAGAGCACAAUGAACCGAAAUUACAUUGUCAUACUUCAGCUGCUGGGAGUUCUGGUAGUGCUUACCUACGCCAGUGCAAUCCCCAAAUACGAAGAUAGCCAUAAGUUCUAUGCGGAUAAGGCGCGGGAUAGAUCUUACUAUAACGAAAACAAAACCCAGCCCAGUGAACCGCAGACAGCUUCUACGAAGGAUAGACUGGAACGCCUGGGCUAUACCACUGGCUACGGAUCCCUAAAUGGUUAUCCGGGCGGUACUGGACUAUCCGCCUACAAUCCCAUAAAACUGGACCUGGGCGGCGUUGUCUUGGGAACUCUCGUGGGCAUUGGCGCCAUUAUACUGAUUCCCAAGAUUCUUUCCGCUUUCCAUGGUGGUUAUGGAGGCUACGGCCGCAGCGAGGACAGUGACCUAACACCACUGAGCAGCAUGAUCAAUAAGAUAGACGAUGUUCUGGGCCAGAAUAACAUUGACUCAACGAGUUGCAUGCAACGUGCUGUGUGUGGUUAUGUUCGCUCUACGGAGUACAACAUGAAGAUUGGUUCCUCAGACCAGAUGGACGAAUUUAUUCAUAUGCUAGCGGAAAAUUCCCUGGUGGAUUACCUCCUCGAUGGAACGGCUAUAAAGGAGGCAUUGGAGCAUGGAAAGCGAGCCAAUGAUCGCGCCUGUGAGGAGGUGUACUCCAAUUGUCCGCUGGACAGUAAAUCAGCUACGGAUAUUCUAAUGAAGCUGAUGCCAAAGAAAAACCCACAAGGAAAAGGAAAAUCAUCUGGAAUUUCCCGAGAAAAGAAGGUUUAGUUAAUGUUAUUCGCUGAAAGUUUAAAAAGAUUGUUCUCCAUUUGCAUACAACCAAAUAUUUUCCCAACAUAUAA